CUGUAAUGGAUGGUCGUGCAGAACUGCUGCAGUUUCAUGAUCAAAAGGAAUAAGCAGACCUACAGCAUGGAGCCCAAAAACUUGAAGGCCUGCAAUUCCUUCUGCUACAAGGGUCUGAUUCACCACAAGACCGUGGGUGUGGAGCCAGCAGUCGUCGGCAAAGGUGUGGUGGUCAUGAAGAGGAGAUCCAGCCAGCGGAACCCUGCCACCUCCUACGUGUGGGCAACCAUCAAUAAGAAUGUUCGAGCCACGCUUAGCCGCAUCAGACACAUGAUCCGCAAGAGCAAGUACCGCCCUGACCUGCACAUGGCAGCCAUCCACAGGGCCAGUGCUAUCUGCGCAGCCAGAAGCCUGUGAUGGUGAAGAGGAAGCAGACCCGCUCCACCAAGUGCUCCUGAGCCCCCGCCCCUAAAGCAGUAAAGACUCAGCUGGCUUUCACACACACACACACACACAAACUACAAAUAGAACUAUCUGAUGACCUAGCAAUCCUAAGCUGGGUAUAGGAUCCAUAUAAAAGGAAAUCAGUAUAUUGAAGAAGUAUUUGUACUCCCAUGUUUAUUGCAGCAGUAUUCACAGUAGCCAACAUAUGGAAUCAACCUAAGUAUCCAUCAAUGGAUAAAUGGACAAAGAAAAUGUGGUACUUAUAUACAAUACAAUAUUAUUCAGCUACAAAAAAAGAAUGAAAUUCUGUUAUUUGCAACAAAAUGGAUGGAACUGGGGGCAUUGUGUCAGGUUAAAUAAGCCAGGCACAGAAAGACAAAGACAAAUAUCACAUGUUCUCACUUAUAUGUGGGAGCUAAAUGGGUUGAUCUCAUGAAGAUACAGGGUAGAAUGAGCAUUACCAGAGGCUGGGAAGGAUACCCGAAGUGGAGAGAGGGCAAAAAAGAGGGAUUGGUUAAUGGGUACAAAAAUAUAGAUAGAAGAAAUAAGAUAUAAUGUCUGGUAGCACAAUAAGGUGACCAUAGUUAACAGUAAUUUAUUGUAUAUUUCACAACAGCAGAGUGGAAUUGGAAUGUCCCUAACACAAAGAAAUGAUAAAUGUUCAAGUUGAUAUCUCAGUUACCCUGAUUUGAUCAUUACACAUUUAAUGCUUAUAUCAAAAUAUUACUUCUACCCUAUAAAAUAUGUGCAACUAUUAUAUAUCGAUAAAAAGUAAAAAUUAGAAAAAAACCCUAAACAUGCAACUACACAAUGACCCAGCAAUUGCACUCCUGGGCAUUUAUCCCAAAGAAAUAAAAAUUUAUAUUCACAUAAAAAGCCAUACACAAAUGUUUAUAGCAGCUUUAUUUCUAAGAGUCGAAAAUAAGGACCAUGUGCAGUGGCUUAUGCCUGGAAUCCCAGCACUUUGGAUAAGAGGGAGAUUGAAGUAGGCGGAUCUCUUGAGCUCAGGAGUUGGAAACCAGUUUGGACAACAUGGUUGUCCAAACAUCCUCGUCUCUACAAAAAAAUACAAAAAUUAGCCAAGUGUGGUGGUGCAUGCCUGUGGUCCCAGCUACUCAGGAGGCUAUGGAAGGAGGAUGGCUUGAGCCCUGUAGGCAGAGGUUGCAGUGAGCUGAAAUUGUGCCACUGCACUCCAGACUGGACAACAGAAUGAGACCUUGUCUCAAAAACAAACAUGCAAACAAACUAACACCUGAAAACAAUUUAGAUGUCCUUCAAUCCUUCAGUGGGUGAAUCUUUAAAAAUCUGUGGCACAUCCACAACAAUACUCAACAACAAUAAAAAGGAAUGCAUUCUUGAUACAUACAAAAAACCGGAUGAACCUUCAGAGAAUUAUGCUUAAUGAAAAAAUAAAUCCUGAAAGUUUACAUACAAAUGAUUCCAUUUACAUAACAUUCUCAAAAUGACAAAAAUAGAAAUGGAGAACAAAUUAGAGGUUCUCAGGGGCUAAGGAGAAGUCAAGGUAGGAGUGAAAUGUGUGCAGCUAUAAACGGGAAACAGGGACUCUUGUGUUGUUGAAAUUGUUCUGUAUCUUGACUGUAUUCGUGUCAAUAUCCUGGUUGUGAUAUUAUACUAUAAUUUUGCAAAAUAUUAUCAUUAGAGGAAACUGGAUAAAUUUGACAUGGGAUUUCUUUCUUUCUUUCUUUUUUAACAACUGCAAGUGAAUCUCUAAGGAGACUUUUAGAAAAAUAUUAAAUUGACAGGCGCUGUGGCUCACCCCUGUAAUCCCAGCAUUUUGGGAGGCCGAGACAGGUGGAUGAUGUGGUCAAGAGAUUGAGACCAACCUGGCCAACAUGGUGAAAACCUGUAUCUACUAAAAACACAAAAAUUAGCCGGGUUUGGUGGCAUGCGCCUGGAAUCCCAGCUACUUGGGAGGCUGAGGCAGGAGAAUUGCUUGAACCUGGGAGGCAGAGAUUGCAGUGAACCGAGAUCACACCACUGCACUGCAGCCUGGCGACAGGGAGACAGUUCAUCUCAAAAAAAAUGAAAAAUAUUACCCACCCUUAGUUUACUAUUUAUCCGUAAAUGGAGGAACUAAUAGCUGUACUGUAUCCUGGAAUUGGGCAGCUAAAGUUGGAAAAUGCUUAAGAACUUGGACACAGUGCUGCAUACUUGGGUUUACAAAUUUCUGGAUCACACAGUUGUUAAUAAUUUUCUAUUUCAUUGGUAUCCAAUUUAUUUUUUUUUCUGGACCACAGAUUGGACACCGAGGAGACUGGUGGGAAAUAGCAAAAGGCGCUUCUCAGAUCUUCUUCUCCUUCCAGCAUCCAGCCACAUUUCCCUCUCAGUCUUGCUUUCAUCUGUUUUCCAUAUUAGAAUUCUGAAGGGUUUUGUAGAAGAAAAGUGGGUUUAACUCACAUUUUGAAACCAACUCAUCUAAUCCCAAUCUUUCACUUUACUGAUCAGGAGAUAGAAACCAGAGAGGUUUAGUGACUUAUUGAAGACACUGAGGCAGUUGGUGGUGAAGCUGAGAACAGAACCAGGACUAGUGACCCCACAGUGUUUUUUCCACUAAAUCAUGGUGACUUGUAUGUUGAUUGCUUUCUCAACAUUUUUGUCAACAAUCAAAUAGCUUCUUAAGCAGCUAAUAAUUUAAGAAAGCAACACCAUUUAUUGUUGUCUAGAGGCAUAAUUUUGUGCAGUGAUUCUUAAGCACAUGGGUAGAAUUUUAAGCAUAUUGGUAGUUGUGGUCUGGGAUAUUAUUCAAGGAGUGUCUUAAACAUAGGUACAAUGUUUAGAGUACAUACUGGAAAAGCUCAUUGGUGCCACCUAGUGGUUGGAGUGAUAGGUAUUAGCAGCAAUUCAGAAGACAUCUCAAUGCCCCACCCCACCCCACUUUCGUUUAUGCUGUAUCAAUGGAUACAUUAAAAGUCAGCGCCAACCACCUCAUUCACUUUAUUUCUAUAAUAUUUUAGGUGAAAAAUGCUUUUUAGAAUACAAAAGAAGAGACUUGUUUUUGGGUUAACCGUAAAGUUUAUCUCUGCUAAUUAAAAACUUUCUUCUUAAUACAGCAAAUUAUUUAGAUGAAU